AUGGAAUUCAGUAAUAAUCUUAUUAACGACCCUUCAAAUGAUAUGUCUAAAGACGAACAAAUCAAAAAGUUGAACGAGCAAGUUAAAGCAUUAAAUGAAAGAAUUGAUGCAUUACAAGAAGAAAAUACUAAAUUAAUAUUGAAGACGUCGGAUCUUAUAGAUGAAAAUAAAUUAAAAUUGCUUGUCACAAUAUCAAAAUCCAUUGAUGAACAUUUAUCAGAGAGUCAUACUCGUCUUACUUGGCCCCCUUCCACACCAAACACAAAUAACAGCAACAUUGUUCUAUCGUCAUCAGAGGACGAAGAUACUUUAGUAACGAGCAAUAACACUACUUUAAAACCUUAUCCCCACCAACCUCAACUCAUAACCUUAAACUCUGAAAAUAACGGUGCCCCAUCAUUCGGUACUGAUACAACAGGUCAUGAAACUACAGCUAUUACAACAAAUAAACCGGGUCAUCAAAAUCCUUUUCAUUUUAUCACAAGUAAUAUGAAUGCCAACAAUACGAACAGGCUUAAUAAUCAAAAAAGAUUUAUCAAUAACAAUAAUAAUAACGCUCUUAAUAAUAAUAACAACAACAAUCUUAAUAAUCUUAAUAUCAGACAACAAAAUAAUGGCAACAAUAAUAAUCAAAAUAAUCAAAAUAAUCAAAAUAAUAUGAAUUUCAGUAACCGUCAAAAGAAUAAUAACAACAACUACAACAAUAAUAACAAUAAUAGUAAUCAAUAUACUCUCUUUGUAUCUUGGCCAGGAGUAAUCUCAGGAGAGGAAGAAAUUUAUAGUUUAUUUAAUAGUGACGAUAUUGCUGAUAUUAGAUAUGUGCAAGGAAAACAAUUUGCUCAUGUUGAUCUUAAGUCUCAAGAAGCGUUAGAUGAAGCUAUGAAAUUGAAUUCAGUGAUUAACAACAAUCAUAUUAACAAUAACAUUAAUAAUCUAGUUGGCCAAAGACCACCUCAGCAACAACUACACUAUAAUAAUAACAACAACAAUAAUGGUAAUAAACCUUUCCUUAAUAACCGUCAAAAUAACAAUAAUAAUAACAAUAGAAACAAUACUACAAAUGGUAUUCAAACACAACAAAAACAUAAAUACAAUAAUAAUAAUAAUACUGGCGGGACUAUUUAUCGAACAGUCUCAGGGAUUGAGGAACUUUAUGGUUUAUUUAAUAAUGAAGAUGUUGCUGAUAUUAGGUAUGUGCCAGGAAAACAAUUUGCUCAUGUUGAUCUUAAGACUCAAGAAGCGUUAGAUGAAGCUCUGAAAUUGAAUUCAGUGGUUAAAUAUCCAACACAAGUGAUGGAUGGAUGGUUUGAUAUCGAUCAUGAUGCGGUGAUGGCUAGAAAAUUAUUAUUGUUAAUUUGUUUUAAUUAUUAG